ACAAGUUGCCUGUCUGGGUUGUGUGACUGUGUUCAUUUUUUAAGUCAUUAGUGCAGUAAAAUCAGAGCGGAUUUAAGCGACAUCUUCUCCAGUGGUGCAGUGAAUACCGUGAAUGGGCGUGACAGCCUCAAAAGCAACAACAACAACAACCACUACCACGUCCACCACUACAACAACAAAAACUCCGCUUCCGGUUUCUGGAUGUAGCUGUCAGCCUCCAGUAUCUCUUCUGUUUAACGGGGAAUCGCUUCAUCAGCAGCUUUUAUUAUGAGCGACGGAGAAGUGUUUCAUGAGAAGCAACGACUGGAGCUGUGCGCUAUUCAUGCACUCAACAACGUGCUCCAGGAGCGGGUGUUCACCAAAGAGACAGCCGACGACAUCUGCAAACGGCUGGCUCCACAGUGUGUGGUGAACCCCCAUAGGUCAGUGUUAGGUACGGGGAACUAUGAUGUCAACGUCAUCAUGGCAGCACUACAGAGCCGCGAACUGGCUGCGGUGUGGUGGGACAAACGCAGGACGAUACAGAGCCUCUGCGUGUCCAAGGUGCAAGGUUUCAUUCUGAAUGUUCCAUCACGGGUAUCGCUUGGGAUUGUUUCCCUCCCCCUUCGACGGCGGCAUUGGCUCGCAGUUCGGCAAGUUAACGGACAAUACUACAACCUGGACUCCAAACUGAAGAGUCCGGUCUGCAUCGGGGGAGAAACAGAACUAUGCAUAUUUCUCAGUGAACAGCUUUCUCAGGACGUGGCAGAGAUGCUCCUGGUUGUCCGGAGGGAGGUGGAGGAGGACGGUUCAUGGCUGAUCUCUGACAACCCCAAGUAGUGACAACUUGGGACAAAGACAUGCCUUUACACAGCAUGGGAAAAAAACUCCUCUGGGAUAAAGACAUUUAAAAAAAAUCAAACACCUCAUUAAAGACAACUCUUCAGGGAAUACAUUAAAACACAUUUGAUAUCGACACACAGAGGAAAUCCCAAAGAGAUGCAGAGACGGGCUUGUGCUCCUGAAGUGAAGAACUGAUGAUUGUAACUGCUGAAGAGCUACGGUUCUGAAACGACCCGUGUAUCUGCGUCAUCCACCCUGCUCUCCAUACCUUUUUGUUUUAACACUGGGAAGGUGCAUCUCAGUUAACAAAGUUGCAAAGUUUGAGGCAAACAUGGGCUAGUUUGAUGAUACUUGAGUUGUGACACAUGACUGAACUUUCACCGUUUUGUGGUAGAGAAGUUGCAGACAAUGGUUGUGCAUAAAAAAACAAACAUCUGCAAUAAUGAUAACUGGAUAUCUUUGAUUACUAAAACAUCACCAACAAGAAAUUGGUUCAUUGAAUUUGCCACGUAACAUACAGCAUCUUUGGACUUCUAUGAUGCAAUUGCCAAAAUUUGAUCAGUACCUGGUGUACUGUAUGUUGCUCUUGUCACAUGUAUCAGUUGUCGAGCAGCACCUCAGUUCACCACUUCUUUCCCCAUCUUUGUUGUUAACCCUCUAUGCACUGCAGAGUUAGACUUGUUAGCACUGUGUGUCUUUGUGUGUGUUCGUGUAGGCACAGUUACUGUGAAGGCAUCACCUGAGGAGGCAUUGAAGGACAGUACUGGUGUCUUUGCAUGUUUUUAGGACAUUUAGUAUAACAUUUUUCAACACGUGCCACUUUUUUUUUUCUUCUUAGAUUUUUGAGUGUGUUUUCUGAUCUGCCAAACAACCUUUGGUUUUCAUUUUGCCCCAGUAUAAAUAAAUUGACCUGCAGAGAUUUUAAUGUGGUUGAACAUCUUGUCUCCUUUUAUUUUUGUCAAAGUUACAUUAUUGAUGUGUGAUAAUGCAGCUGAAUGCACACAAUAAUGAAACGUUGACAAAAAUGGAAGCAGACAUGACGGUCACGGUGAUAGAUUAACUAUCUCUGGACCAGUUUUCCAGUCUCUGCAGGUUCAUUCUCAUACUGUUGUGUCC